AUGCCUGUCCGAGAAACCUCCCUAUCGUCUUUAUUACUUUUUAUUCCUCAAAUUUUUCAAGAGGUCCAAAAGACCGUUACCAACCACCGGAAAAAUGCCGCAGUUCUGCGGAAGUUUCAGCUUCGAUGCUCAACUUUUAACCAAGUCUCACGUUCUUCUAGAGACAGUAUCGGCAGUGAUACUGAUAAUCUUGGUGAAGUCGAAUUUAAUAAAGAGUUUGUUAGGAAUCUAAAUAAAAUAUUGCCAAUGAAAAAAGGUCAGGCGACUGCACAGCGCGUCAUUGCGUUCGUAGCUACAUUUAUAAAAUAUUGUCAAAACGAAAGCGACAAUAGGAAUGACGAUGUAUCUCACAGCUCUUUCGAUGAUAGUGAUACAUUAUCAUCUUUUACAGAAUUUUUAUUUAGACAUUUACUGAAAGGUACUGAAUCCAAUGAUAAAAAUGUUAGAUUUCGCGUUUGCAAACUUAUUGCCCUUAUAAUGAAUUCGAUUGAAACUGUUGAUGGUGAUUUGUAUGAAUAUUUGAAGGAUGAAUUGUCUAAACGAUUAUUUGACAAAGAAGCAUCUAUUCGUGUCUGUGCAGUCGAAGCAUUUUCCAAGUUACUGGGUGAUAAAGAAAUUGAAAAGGAUGUCACCGAAAAAUUGCUUGGAAUAAUGAAAAAUGAUCCUAACGCGGAAGUUCGACGUGCUGUGUUGCUAAAUAUUGAAUUUAGUGAAAAAACUAUUCCUCACAUAUUUAAUCGCGCGAGAGAUAUUGAUGCAAGUAUUCGUUGUAAUGUUUAUACAAGAUCAACGGAAGAGAUAGGUGAUUUCCGUGUCUUAUCCAUCGAAGCUCGAGAAAAUUUGCUAAAUCUUGGUCUUACUGAUAGGGACCCUCAAGUUAAAAAGGCUUGUUCAAAUAUGCUUGCUAAUGGAUGGAUCAAACACGCAAAUGAUAAUUUUUUAGAGUUACUUGAGCGAAUUGACGUUUUGAAUAGUAAAAUUGCUCCAGAUGUCCUUGUGGCACUCUUUAAAUCCCGCCCAGACAUUAUACAAACCUUGAAUUUUGAUGGAUCAUUUUGGGAAAAUCUAACUAUUGAGUCCGUUUUUCUUGCACGAGUAUAUUGUGAAUUCAACAAAGAGGAUGAAAAUAAACUUGAUGAACUUUUACCAGAAGUCACAAAAUUUGCUUUAUAUAUUCAAAAAUAUACCAAUUUAAUGAAUCAAGCAUUGGAUGAUGAACAAGUAAAUUAUGAGUUUCUUGUUGGUCAAUUGCUCUUAAUUUCAAAGCUAUUGAAUUACGGUGAUGAAGUUGGAAGGCGUCAAAUGUUCACUCUUCUUCGCGAGAUACUUAUGAUGGAACAUAUCCCAGAGGGUCAUAUUAAAAGUGUUGUGGAAAUUAUGAAAAAAAUUUCAAUUGACGAACGGGAUUUUACUCGUUCCAUGAUUGAAAUUCUAUCUGAUAUUCGGGAAACAAUUGAAGACUUCAAUGAUCCAUUGAGGCAGAAAUUUCAGGCUGAGGAAGAGCUUGUGGUCAAUAUGUCUAAUCUUAGUAUAAGUAUGUCUUCAGUGAGAAAAUCUUUAGUUUCCGAAACGAGAUCAGAAAGAAGAAUGUCGAUAGAUUCCACUUCCCCUAUUGAUGAUGAAGAAAAUGAAUUAGCGUCCUUGAUAACUAAUUUAAAAUGUUUGCAUAUUGUACGCUGUAUACUUGAAAGAAAUGAAGUCGGUUUACGUGAUAACCCUUCCAUGUAUGGUCUUCUGAACGACUUUAUAACACCAAAUAUAAAACGUCAGGAGCCAUUAUUACGUGAGAUUAGUGUUCAAUGUCUUGGAUUAAGUUGUUUACUUGACCAACAAUUAAUGAAGGAAAACCUUAGUCUUUUCAUGCAUUGUGUAAGACAUGGGCAUCCAGAACUGCAAGCUAAAGCUCUUAUGGUGAUAUUGGACAUUUUAUUUUUAUACAGUUAUCCUUCAAUCGUUGAUAAUACGAAUAAUGGUAGUGAAAUAUUGGAUUUGCUGUAUGAUUGUCUUCAUCAAGCAAAUCCACAAGUUCAAGCAGUUGCAGUUGAAGGCAUAUCUAAACUUAUGUUUACUAAAAUGAUAUGCGAAAAAGCGGUAUUAAAAGAACUUGUAAUGUUAUAUUUUGAUGUUGAAACUGCAAAUAAUUUUCGCUUACGGCAAUGCUUGAGUUACUUCCUUCCCCUAUAUUGUCAUUCGUCAGUUGAAAAUCAACGCUUAAUGCAAGAGAUAUGUGUUUCAUCUUUAACGGACUUGAUCGAAGAACGCAGACAACUCAAGGACAAAGAAUCGAUACCACCUAUGCAAAUAGCGCAACAAUUAAUUGACUGGACAGACCCUUAUAAAGUUAUAAAAUCGGAACAAAAUGAGGAGGUAAUAGAUUAUGGAGCGCAUGCUGAUAUCGCCAUUGAUAUCAUUAAGGAACUUUUCUCGGAAACGAACAAGGAAGUUAGAAAAUUAUACAGUCAAAUACUCAAUAAAUUAAAUAUUAAUGAGUCUACUGGUAUCAUACGAUUUAAAAAACUUACUUUGCUGACUGGAAAUUUAAAAAAGAAAAAACCAUUGCUUGAUGCAGUUGGUAGAAAUGCGUUCAACAAAUUUGAGAAUUCUUUGCUUCGUUAUUAUAACGAGGCACCGGAUCCUUUAGAUGACUACGAAUUAGAACAACUAAGAGACAUCAUAGAUUUUAUAAGAAAUAUUCAAGAAGCUUCUCCCGACCGUGUUUCUUUACGAAGUUUAAGAUCAAG